CUGCUCUGUCUACAUAAAACCGCGUAGAGACGUAAUGGUGGUUUAUCAACAUGAUACAAGGCAACAGAUAGCACGACUGAAACAAGAUAAGCCGUUACCUGUGCAGGUGUUGUAUUCCCCACUAAUCUAUGUCCACAGGUAGGCCUACGUCUGGAUAUGAACACGUGUAGAAACCAAACACGUGCUUCGUGCAGUUUAAUCUUAGUUAUUUGGUGCUAUAGCUCCCUCUCCAGUUUUAGUGACAUUUGGUCUUCUUUGUUUUCAUUUUACAAGACUACUUGGUAUGUCAUUAUUGGAAUUUGAGGAACUUUGAUUCAUUACUGAAGGACGGCACGUGGCAAUGGACCAACAGUAUUUCUUAGACGUUUUAACCUCAUGAACGUGGUUUAAGCCCGUGACACUUAACCCAGUUCAAGGUAACUUUUGUACCAGGUAUUUCUCGACGCUUGACUUGGAUGGGUUUCGGUGAACUGUAUUUUUCUUGUGUAGCGGUAUUGCUCUAUACAUGUAAUAAAACCCGCCAGGGAGGAGACAUAAAGUCAGCCACGCUAUUUGACAUGCCGUCAAGGACCGGUAUGGUUGUAACUCAUCGUUGACACAAUUCCUGCUAUUAGACCGUUAUGUCGUCUGAGACUCUGCUGUUCGAAGAAUUUUAUACCCGUUUCGAAGGGUUUUUUUGUACCAUUUGUUUGCAUUGCCAAAGUUCCUGACUGUAUAACCCUUUGCUCUGGACAUCUGGACGCCGUUUCAUGGCAAAACACUUAAUAGGCCUAAUAUAUACACUGUUACAAUGAAAUACUACUGGACGAUUGAAAUAAGUUCUAUCUUUAUGGAUGGCACAGUGACAUUCUAAGGGAUUUCACCAUGGAAGGGACGUCCAAUUUUGGUCCGCCAAAUAUAACUUCCAAUGGAUCAAGUAAAUGUGUUCCGGGAAGUUUUGUGGAAGUCAUACCCAUUGACCCCCGAAUCGUGGAGAACCAGACUACCUCGUCCGCAGGUACUGUGUAUCCAGACUGGGAACGUGCAAUGAAAAUCACAUUUUAUACAUUCUCCUUCAUCAUGGCCGUAUGCGGGAACAGCAUGGUGAUACUGACCAUACUUCUGAACAAGAAAAUGAAGACAACUACGAAUUGUCUCAUCCUGAAUUUGGCUGUCUCGGAUCUCCUUAUUGGACUACUGUGUAUGUGGGUUCAUCUUGGAAGCCAGAUAGAACCUGAAUGGCCGUUUGGAUCGGUUGUUUGCAAAAUGAAACAUUUCGUUCAGGUGAUCGUGGUUACCUCAAGCACCCUAACGUUGAUGGUCAUCUCAGCUGACCGACUGGUAGCCAUUGUCUUCCCAUUACGCAGCCGACUUUCCCCACUGUUAACUGGGAUGGCCAUAGGCCUGACCUGGCUGAUCUCAAUAGGAACGGCCUUGCCCCAACUCAUCGUCAUGGAGCAGAAAGAACUGUUCUGGAAAAAUCGUCAUGAAGUUUGGUGUGAAGAAUCGUGGCCUCGAGUUUACGUCAACGAAGACUGUGACGUCACCGAGCCUGGCAGGAAGGUGUAUUACACUGUCUACGUCGUGGUCAUUUACUUCCUGUCUGUCGUCUUCAUGGUGGCUGCUUAUACUUUAAUAAUGGUUACCAUAGUUACCAGGAAGCUUCCAGGCACAGUCACAGACUCCAUUGUCGCUGCCCAGGAUAAAUCCAAGAGGAAGGUUGUUCGAAUGCUGAUGGCGGUCGUGGUCACGUUUAUAGUGUGCUGGACUCCGCAACAGUUACUCCUCUUGUGGCAAGUAUACAGGGUGCCAGGGGAGUAUCCACAUUAUAUAGACGGGCUGAAGUACGCUGCUCUCUAUAUAGCUUACUCCAACAGUUCCAUCAAUCCACUGUUAUAUGGCGGACUGAAUGAGCACUUUCGCCGGAGCUUCAUGCACAUCUGUCAAUGUACUCGGCUUCGGAAUAGGAAUAGAGUUGCCCCGGAAAGCAUUCCGGGGGUAGUGGAGACACACGCAGAAACCGAUCACGUCCAGACAAACCUGUGAUCUACAAACCGUUUUGGAAGGCCAAUUUGAGACUUUUCGAAAUGUGAACAAGGCGCCUUAAUACAUAAUCCAGAUGACCGAGGACAGAAAUUUAAGGACAUGGGAUCAGCUUACUUAUAUAAAACAAGGACUUUUGAGUCUCAUUUUACACACGUGGCACGUGUUAUAUGAAGCACCGCUAGGGAUCGGGUCGUGGUUACGGUGCCUACCUUUCAAUCGCUACGACGCACGAGGUUAAGGUUUAAAACCAGCCUUGGACAGGUUAAAGAUUCAAAUUCAACCGCUGUGACUGCUGGUCGGACCUGUGGUCGACAAACCUCGUGUGGCCGUUUGUGCAGUUAAAUGUUCGUUGAAGACAACUUGUCUUUCACAUAACAAGUGGAUUAUGCUAUGUUAAGCAUCGUUGAAAUGAUCGGUGGAGUCGCAAAAGUGCGCUAUGUAUUCUAUCUAACAUCCUUGACAUAGGAAACAGGUUUAACGGAAUGCCCUUGCGAUACGACGGGACAUUGAAAGUAAAAUCAGUGUUGCGACGACAGUGUGGUAGUUGGCCAAUGGUCACACGUAACCGAUAAAAUCCGGCAUCUUGUUAGUUUACCUCAGAGUUUUAAUCCAGCUGUUCAUACCAUAUAGGCCAAUGCUUAAAUAAAAGCAACUUAAAUGUAUCCAUCAAACUGUGGGGGCUUAUGUAGAAUGCAAUAACUGUUCCGGGCAAUGACUAUUUUACCCACAAAACGUCAUUGCAAAGGCAAUAAACAGUAGGCUACAAGACCCGAAUUGCUCUGGACGGGAAACGUACAAAAUCAGGUAAAGGAAAAAGGCAGUCAUGUUAUUUGCUAUUUAUGUGACGUCACUGAUCUGGAAUUCCUCAAAAUGCCGAGCUCUCGUCAUAAGCAAUCACGUGAUUAUCUCAACAAUAAACCAGGAGUUAGGA